UCUGGGCGCAGAACUCCGCCCCCGACGUUAGGGGCGGGGCGACGUCCGACUAGGGCGCGCCCGCUUACGCACUUCCUCCCGAGGUCGGGGGCCGAUUCACCGUGUGGCGGGUUCGAGUCCCGCCUCCUGAUUCUGGGCUAUAGCUUCUGUGUCCCGGACGGGGUGCAUUCGCCCGGCGAACCUCUCCUCGACAAAGGGUGACGGCGCACCUUGGGCUUCACCAUGGAGGACUACCUGCAGGGUUGUCGAGCCGCUCUGCAGGAGUCCCGACCUCUGCAUGUUGUACUGGGAAAUGAAGCCUGUGACUUGGACUCCAUGGUGUCUGCUCUUGCCCUGGCUUUUUACCUAGCAAAGACGACUGAGACCGAGGAAGUGUUUGUACCAGUUUUAAACAUAAAACGUUCUGAGCUACCUCUACGAGGUGACAACAUCUUCCUCCUUCAGAUGGUUCACAUUCCAGAGACCGUCUUGAUUUUUCGGGAUGAAAUUGACCUCCAUGCAUUGCACCAGGCUGGCCAACUCACUCUCAUUCUUGUUGACCAUCAUGUCUUACCCAAAAGCGACGGGGCCCUGGAGGAGGCAGUAGCAGAGGUGCUAGACCAUCGGCCCAUCGAGCAGAAACACUGCCCUCCCUGCCAUGUUUCCGUGGAGCUGGUGGGGUCCUGUGCUACUCUGGUGACGGAGAGAAUCCUGCAGGGGGCACCAGAGAUCUUGGACAGGCAAACUGCAGCCCUUCUGCAUGGAACCAUCAUCCUGGACUGUGUCAACAUGGACCCUAAAAUUGGAAAGGCAACCCUAAAGGACAGCAGAUAUGUGGAGAAACUAGAGGCCCUCUUUCCAGAUCUGCCCAAGAGAAAUGACAUCUUUGAUUCCCUACAAAAGGCCAAAUUUGAUGUAUCAGGACUGAGCACUGAGCAGAUGCUGAGAAAGGACCAGAAGACUAUUUAUAGACAAGGCACCAAGGUGGCCAUGAGUGCAAUAUAUAUGGAUUUGGAGGUCUUUCUGCAGAGGUCUGACCUCCUUGCAGACCUUCAUGCUUUUUGCCAGGCUCACAACUAUGAUGUCCUGGUUGCCAUGACUAUCUUUUUCAACACUCAUAAUGAGCCAGUGCGGCAGUUGGCUAUUUUCUGUCCCCAUGUGGCACUUCGAAUGACGAUCUGCGGAGUCUUGGAACACUCCCAUUCUCCGUCCCUAAAGCUGACCCCGCUCCCAAGCACCCAUCCUAACCUCCAAGCCUAUCAUCAAGGCAACACCCAGAUCUCUCGAAAGAAACUUCUGCCUCUGCUCCAGGAAGCCCUGUCAGCCUAUUUUGACUCCAUGAAGAUCCCUUCAGGACAGCCCGAGAUAGUGGGUAUGUCCAAGGAACAGGCGGACAAGGAAUCGGACAGGGCAAGUAACUCCCUGAUUUCUGGACUGAGCCAAGAUGAAGAGGACCCUCCUCUGCCCCCCACGCCCAUGAAUAGCUUGGUGGAUGAGUGCCCUCUGGACCAGGGGCUGCCUAAACUCUCUGCCGAGGCUGUCUUUGAGAAGUGCAGUCAGAUCUCGCUGUCACAGUCUACCACUGCCUCCCUGUCAAAGAAGUGACCAUGGGAAGGGGAGAGGGUAGUGGUUGAGGUUAUUUUACUCACCUCAAAUGCAUGUUUUGAGAUGUCUGGAGAUUCAGCAAUUCUGUCUUCAUUGCUCCAGGAUCUGGUAUACAGUUCUCAUAAAACUGGGAGGAAAAAGAAGUAGGAGAAAGCAGCUGCUUUAAGAAUGGCUUUCUACCUUUCCCCUCAAUCUCUACCAAUCAGACACAUUUUAUUAUUUAAAUCUGCACUGACUUCUCUUAAUUUCAUUUGCCAGGGGCACGAUGUGAUACAUCCACAAUCCCAGCAGAGUGGGACAGAAAGAAUGUAGACCCCAAAAGUGCCCUCAGUAAGGAUCUUGGACAGAACCAGGAUCUGCCAUGGAUCCACACAUUUCGAUUGUCUCCAUGUGUUCACUUAUCCACGUAUUCCUUCAGGUAUUUAUCAAAUACCUGCUUCAAGCUAGAUGGAAAAGAGUGUGUGCUUUGGAAAUGUGUUCCCAUUUCAGCCCUCAGCAGAUUUCCAGCUCUGUGACUCUUCUUUCUGCCCCCAGCAAGGUGAUGGCAUGUGAUUCAGAGGUGGCUGAAUUUCUUUUCUGGGCUUAUGGUGACUGCUUCAGGUCUUGUUGGGGAGCAGAUUGGAGGCCAUUAUCUUCCGUCCUGAUCAGGUAGCCUGACUCGCCAUUCCUCUGAAUCUCUCUGUGCGAGAGCCACAGGAACCCUGAAGAGACCCCAAAGAACCCGGGUUCUCGAGAGUUGAGGAGGCACCAGGAGGGCAAAGCCACAAAGGCAUCCUCCCGACGGACAGCAGAACUGGAAUGAGGGCCCUGAGCCCGUCCCCUGCCUUAGCAGAUCUAUCCAUUUCUUGUCCAUCUCUUUCUCUUCUUGUUCAUGUUCCGAGGAAGCAUGGAGUUCUAAUACUGCCAUAAACGGUGUGUCUUUUGGCAAGACAUUCACUACUCUAGGUCUGAGUUUCCCCACCUGUAAAACAGGGUUUGGACAAGAUGUUCCCUGGUAUCUUCUGUCAUCUGCCUCUUGCUGCCAUUCUUUCUUUCCUGUGCUUCUCUGUAUUUUCUUCUGUUUUCCCUGGGAAUGCUCAGGGUCACUGGAUUGUCUGUAUUUAUGUGUGAUUGUACCAAGGGACUCAGCCUCAUGUAGCAUGUAGAGGGGUGUGAUUCAUACUAUAGUGACCCCGCAGAGAGCUCCUUCCCAUUGACUUGUUCUGCAUGUGUAGAUUGUUCCUUUUUUCUUCAGCCCAGCCCGUUCCCCCUUUCCUGCCCCACAGUUCUAUUCCACAUAAGUUGCCAACAAUUUCUCAGAACAGUGGGGUAUGUGAUGGUCUUGGCAUGACAUCUUCCAUUAUGAGGGGGAGAGUCUGACUUCUUUGAAGGUAUGAUAUCUGUAGCCAUUUGGAAGGGGAAAAUAGUAGUGUGAUCACUGAACCAAAGGAAUUUAUGUUUUGUAACUUGGGUACUUUAUUUUGCAUUUUGUUAAGGUAUUAAAUACUUUUUUCCUGUU